AUGAAUCAAGAGUUGCUGAAAGAUGGGACUAUUGAGGAGUUGUGGGCUGCUUUAGCAAGUAUGGGGUCCUAUAAGGCACCAGGGCCAGAUGGUUUUACUCCAUUCUUCUUCAAAACAAAUUGGGAUACUCUAAAGUUUGAUCUUCCUCAAGGUUCUAAUUCCCUCUUACAUGGUGGUUUGCUUCCGACUAAUCUGAAUGCCACUAAUAUUGUCCUCAUUCCAAAGGGGAAACAUCCUACCCAAAUGUCUCAUUUUCGUCUGAUUUCCCUUUGUAAUGUGAUGUAUCAUUUAUUCUCUAAAACUAUUGCUAACCGACUCAAAUUUUUUCUGCCCCUUCUCAUCAGUGAAUCUCAGAGUGCUUUUGUUGCUCAUCGCCUUAUUCAUGACAAUAUUCUUCUGGCCAUGAUCUUUUGCAUGUUUUAA